CUCCUUUAAGGCGCUGAUCUGUAACUUAGUGGCUUGGAUUUGUUUUGUAAUCUUUUUUUAUUGGAACUAAUACUCAGCAGGGACACAGAAGGAGCUGGAUUCGAAGCGAAGGACCAUAGCAGACAAAUUGCUAGUAGCAAAUUUAUUGUCCUGUUCCAUUUUUAUGAAAUAUCUUUAAGGUGCCCAGUUUGACGAUUGGCAGAAACGAUGGGCCGCAAGGAGGAGUGUAUUUGCUGGAGGAAACAGACUCUGAACAUCACCGACAGUUUCCAGUUAAUGGAACAAUUGGGGUCAGGAGCCUUUUCAGAAGUGUAUUUGGCAAAAGAGAGGGCUACUGACAAAAUGGUAGCUUUGAAGUGUGUUCAGAAAAGUGAUGUAAAUGACAUCUCAUUAGAAAAUGAAAUUGCUGUUUUGAGAAGGAUAAAACAUGAAAACAUUGUAGCUCUGGAAGACAUCUAUGAAAGUCCCACUCAUUUCUACCUAGUUAUGCAACUUGUGUUAGGAGGAGAACUGUUUGACAGGAUUCUAGAGCGUGGAGUUUACACAGAGAAAGACGCCAGUAUUCUGAUUCAGCAAAUACUUGAUGCUGUAAAAUACCUUCAUGACAAUGGAAUUGUACAUCGAGACUUAAAGCCUGAAAACCUGCUGUACUACAGCUUGGAUGAAAACUCCAAGAUUAUGAUCAGUGACUUUGGUCUUUCAAAGAUCCUGGACAUGGGUGUGAUGUCCACAGCAUGUGGUACACCCGGCUACGUGGCUCCUGAAGUUCUGGACCAAAAACCAUAUGACAAAGCUGUUGACUGCUGGUCUAUUGGAGUAAUUGCAUACAUUCUGUUAUGUGGCUACCCUCCUUUCUAUGAAGAGACUGAGACUAAACUGUUCGCUCGGAUUUCAAAUGCUGACUAUGAAUUUGACUCUCCAUUCUGGGAUGAUAUUUCUGAGCAAGCAAAAUCUUUUGUCAGGCACUUGCUGGAAAAGGACCCAAAAAAGCGCUUCACUUGUGAACAGGCUUUACGACACCCCUGGAUCACAGAGAACAUUGCCCCACUCCAUGAUAUCUAUCUUUCUGUCAGUGUUCAGAUCACAAAGAACUUUGCAAGGAGUAAUUGGAAGCGAGCAAUCAAUGCUGUAUUAGUUGUGAAUUACAUGAAGAAGAUGCAAUUAUCGUCAAACCAACAAUCACGGGGAAACAGUUGCAAUUAUGACCAGAGUGACUCCAAACUUUCUAAGAAUCUAUCGCAACAAUAUACGACAGACCUUUCAGCAAAGGGGUCAGUACCAUUGGUGACUAGCAAAGUUGCCAAACAGAGCAUUGCAUCAGACUAUGUUGAAAAGGAACAUCCUCACCAAAGGACGAGUGAGAGUGCAUUAAUUUGUGCAAUAUUAGAUGUGAAAAAAAGCAACAGACUAACUAAACAGGACAUGGCUGCUAGUUACGCUGUAAAUGGAAAUGUGCACGCUGACACCGCUAAGAAAAGAAAGGAGAUGGAGAUUUCCACUGCUGCAACCAAAACUCUUCCAUCAAGUAAAGCUCAGGACCAAUCAACUUCACAUCCACAUGUAAACCCAAAGAAAUGGCAUAAAUUUCAACGGGGCACCAACAUAAGGACAGGGGUAUGCUUGAUUAUGUAGUGCAUGGCAUUGGAAUGCACUAAGCUGCAGUCAUGCACCUGUGGAACAAUCAUUUUUGGUUUUUCAUGGAGAGAAAAUUAUUGCAAUCACCACAAGAGAAGAUAUAUCACAGAAGUGAGAAAGGAGAUGUGCAACAAUGUUACUGGGGUCCACCAUGUGACUGUUGUUCCUCAUUGAAUUGGAGAUUGCUGUUAGAGUUAAUUCCAAAGAAAUAAAAUAUUGGAAAGGGGUGUUCCACUAAAUAGGUCACAAGUUUGAAUUGGUCUGCGUCAAUAUAGCCAAGAUAAGGUUUAAUAUAAAAUAUUUCUGUAAUAUUCAAGUUCUGUUUAAUUUCUUGUAUUACAUGUAUUUUAUUGAGCAAUGCCAACAAAGUAGCAAUAUAACUGUAGAGCUACACAGCAUUAAUCUUUCACGGAAAUGCAGGUACAAUUAUACAGAAAGGCCGCAUUUAGCAUGCAUUUUUUCAAAAAAUUAGUUAUAAAAUAAUACAUAUGUUGUAUUUUCUAUUAGUGAAAAGCAUACACAGUGAGAUUCUACAUUUGAUAUCUUGCCUAUUGCUACAUCAUAUAUGCUUCUCAGGAUUUCAUAGGUUUAGAUUUUAUUACCUUUCAAUUUUCUUCACCCCCCAUGAGAACAUGUUCAGGUUCUUCUUCAUUACUGAAAAUUAUAUGAACACAAAUCGUCCAAGUCUUCCCAUUGCAUUAUUCACUUUUAAAGACCACAAAGCCAAAAUGGUGCAAAGAAGAGACUAUUUUCUACAUGGAUGCAGCCCAUGACAUUUGUCCAAUGUGGCGACAAGGAAGGACAAAAUAUUUUCAAGAUUAGGCCCAGAAAUUUGAUCUAGACUAUGAAAAUGGUGCUUCACUACAGUUAGUCAAUAUCUUGUUGACUAUAACAGGUCACCAGAGAAAACCUGUUUGUUCGGGAAGCAGAUAUUGGGAAUUCAACAAGAAUGGCUCAGCAGUAGGUCAGAUGAUGUUAUUUUUGUUUUGACUGGGAGAGUACACCUACUGCCUUCAGCACCCCACCCUCACCAAAAUCUUAUUUUUUCCUUAAGAACUUACCUUUUGAGGAGUCUUCUAGUCACUGUUUAAAGCUCACCAGUUCUUCACACCCAGAAAUAUUGGUUGUAUAUUCUCCCUGUUCCUCCAUGAAAAUUACAGUUAGAGUCACUGCAAUGGUGUACUGCAUACUUAGCAUCUCAGUUGCUUUUGGAACACCACUGAGCCUGUUUUGAAACUGGUUAGAAAUAUGAUUGCACAAAGACACCACCAGAUAUUCAUCGCUGCAACUGACUUUGCAGGCAGUAAACAGUCAGUGUUUGAAAAUUGCCCCAAUUUUGCAAAUAGAUCAUGUACAGAAUUAAAACUGCGUUAGGGAGCUGAAUAGGUAACUAGCCUCAGUGUUCCCAUUUUUGGCUAAGUGUCAAUUUCGGGAUGUUUCAUGGAUAUUUUCUCUUCUUAGACUCUAACAACCUGUCUAACAUAAUUUUAGGCUGCACCCACACCCACAGCUCUGUCACUUGGCAGCAACGGGUCUGUUUGUCAGUGCCGGGACUGGGUACUGUUACUGAUGCCAUAUUGAAACCACAGCUGCACACUGUUUCAAACAUUGUGAGCCAGAUAUUUCCCUCCAUAGUCCAUGAACAAUUUAACAAUUCCAAAGGAGAUGUCAGAAAGAGGCAACUUGGCACCUCACUUUGCCAACAGGGACCUGGAGACCCUUGUGGGUUAGGCUGGUGGAGAGGAAGGCCAUUCUCAUUCCCGUUGACCAGCAAAUGAGACACUGGCACCAGACCCUGUUAAUCUGGCCUAAAGCGGCCUGCCAGAUCAGUAUCAUUUCCCCGGUAUGGAGAGACACACUGCAAUGCUGCAAGAAAGUCAAUGACCAUCUGCACUCUGCAAGAUUAAAUAUAAUCAUGUUCUGUCUGUUGACACACUCAUGCAAACUCAGUCACUGCACCCAUCUCCCGCCAAGGCUUGUGAUUUGCCAGUGUCAUUACAGCCACUUUCAUCUUGUUCAAGAUGCCUCCUUUUGUUUUA